AUGCACUCGACAGAAGAGCGGCCUCCGCUGCACGACGCGCUAGAGUCACUGCAUAACGCAUCAAGAACACCGGCCAAGCAGCGCGCAAUCAAGGUGUUCAGCUCAGUUGAUGUCAUCUGCCGACAUGCAUUUGAGGACGGACUCGAAGAGGAUGCUCUUCGUGCCGUUGUACAGCUCGUCUGUGUUAAAACUCAUCUAGACCAAACAACAGUCACAACGUUGGUCAAGAAUCUCUACCCCACCCAUCGAGUACCCGCGGAUGUCAUCGUUACCAUCGUGGGCGCACUUGGCCAGGGCAAAGGCAAGCCUUCGCCAGGUACUCAAGACAGUCUUGUAAAGUGGCUAAGGUCUAUUCACGAGAUCAUCGAGGAUCCUAAUGGCCUUCUCCGCGUUUUCAAGGAUUACUACCCCGACAUCAUUCUCGGUAGCACCUCCAUCAGCAAGAAAUCGUUUGCUCCAGACGCGAGCACAGCAGCGGAUGAGACACUAAUUGAUCGAUAUAACGGGUUCAAGGUCUUACGAAAAGGGCCUAAGAAUAGCGAGGCGUCGGCCAUUCCGGAUGUACACACCUACCAUGCGACCGAAGCGUCAGUCACCCUCGAAGGUAUCGACAAUGUAGAGGAAUUUGUAGAAAGGCUCGAUCGUAUCGAGCCACCGGGUCAGAUGAUAGCGUUCCUGACCGAUCCACUCCUACAGAAGAUAGAUCUCUGGCUCUCAACUUGUCUCGAAGACUUAUAUGAGUCCAAGCGGUCAGGCAAUGGCGAUCUGAGGUAUGCGGAGGGGAUCUUCGAUAGCCUUCUCAGACACGCCGAUACUGGUGCGGAACUUCACCCCACCACGCUCAAUUUCCUCCAGGCAUACUUGCCCAUCUGGAACGGACAAGAGCAUUAUGGUGCGAUUCUGGGACUCCUUUCGCAUAUACCCAUUGGGUCUUUCCCAGAUGCAUACACUGACUACUUCGCUUCUGUCGAGCAAGCCUUGUCAUCGCAUGGUCCGGCGGCAUACGAAAAGCUUGUCAAUUUCUACACUUCCCUGCUCCAAAAACAGCUAUGCGCAGCCAUAUCACAACCUCCGGGACGUAGUUCGGCCACCAACAAGGUAUUCCAAGACCUGGCAGCACAUGUCUCCACCUUAUCAAACUCACUCCUCCUUUCCCUGCCUGCAGGUGAAGGUCAACCACUCAUUUCCUCGGUCCUCUCCUUCUACGAACUCUUAUCAACAUCCUCCAAACCACACAUCGUACCCAUCAUCCUACCACCGAUGCACCUGGUGUACCUCCUGACCCAACACACCUCUUCAACAACCUUUUCUCGCAUCUGCGGUGUCAUUGGCGCACACAAGGCUGCAUUCGACGUGCACCCAAAGCCAGUCAAGCAAUACUACCCCAACGACGUCACAGAUUCGCUCAAUUGGUGCCUGCGCGACAUCUACCACUUGAUCUGGAUAGCGCGCGCUCUCCUCACAGCAGACAACAAAGCUCUGGGCUUGCACUGCCAUCCGGACCUGCGCACCGCUCUCAACGACUACCUCAUCAGCAUCGAUCGCGAGUAUGCCAUCGGGGCGGUUUUUGGGCUUUCGAAUCACGCUUGGCUCGCGGCUAUGUCGGCGGCUGCUUGGCGCACCAUGGAAGAGCGCGAGAUUGCUAGAGAAGGCUACGAUAAGAACAGUGUUCGGUACCACCAAGGUCCCGUCAGUGGGCGGAGCCUCGAAGUCCUGAAGAGAAAGGGGGGUGUGAGUGUGGAUUGGGACGGUGCAGCUGGGUAUAAGGUGUUUGUGCUGAAUUGGUUGGCAGAGCGUGGAUUGAACGGGAUCAGAGAUUUGAUGUUUGCUACCGUCACUGAGUUGAGAGAUAAGGCUUGA